AUGGAAAAAGAAGCUUGGGAAGGCGGCGUGAGACGCCGCCUCCCUGCAUAUGAUGCUGGUGUUGGCGGUGCCUCAUCACCCGCUGGACAUAUGCAUCAACCAGGUAAGCCUAUUGGUUUUUUGGCAGCUCGCAAAACACCUUAUGCAAAAAAACUGCUGUCCAAGCGCCUUAUCCUCUUCACUGUCGUUAUCUUACCGUUUUUAAUCAUUUUCAAUCUUUUUUUGAUAUGUGUUCCCAUUCUAUGGGGCGUGGCAAACCAUACCCUUGCUGUGUCUGUUAUGCACAUUUAUGCCUCGAACUUAACCAAUAUCAAAGAAGAUAAUUUUGAGCUCACAAUAGAGGGUCAGGUCAAAAAGGCUGGUGUCUUUCCUGCUCACAUAUUCUUCCGUGAACCAGUCCAUGUUACAUGGAAUACUGUUCCAUCAGAUGACAGACCCAUGCGCGAAGUGCAACUUGGCCAUUUCCCGUUGGAAAGAAUAGGUGUCGCAGCUGGACAUGGCCGCAUCAAACAAAUAACUCGCUUCAAUAUUACAGAUGUUCCAUCAUUUACAGAAUUCACCAAGUUUCUCAUCCAAACAAAGGAAUUCACUUGGCGACUCACUUGUAAUAAUGUGCAUAUUGAAGCGUUCUCGUUUUUGCCUACAUUUAAGAAUUUGAAGUUAACGAAGGAUGUCGUUUUCAAUGGUAUCAACAAUUUUGAAGACGUUAAAAUCUUGGAUUUCAAAUUGCCUGCUGCAGAUCCACAAGGUGGUAUCUCUUAUGAGGCAUAUACAAGCGUUUAUAAUCCCUCUCCAUUCGGUGUACAGCUCGGUCGAUUGUCUCUGGAUCUUUACGCUUAUGGCAUGCACCUAGGUCCAGGAUAUUCACCAAAUAUCAACAUUACGCGUGGUAUUAAUUAUGUCAAGCUGACAGGGCGCAUUCUUCCAAAGACAGACUCUCGAGACUUGAGUAAAAUGAGUGAGAUUUUCACGAAAUACAUCAAUCAUGAGGUGACACCUACCGUUGCUGUUGGUAAAGAUAUAACAAAUGUCGAUUAUGAAGUACCCUCAUGGCUUAGGGAAGCAAUCAAGGUUCUCCGGCUUCAAGUUCCGUUCCAAUCGCCAGAACCGAUCAAUCCAAUCAAGCAGGUUACCAUCAUGCAAUUCAACUUGACGUAUCCGCCAGGUGGCGACGCAUACGGCCCAAUGGCGUCGUCAGACAGCUUAAGUGCCCAACUCGCUGUCCCCUUUGGUUUCCCAUUGCGGGUUGUAUCUGCGAAAAACGAGAUCACGAUCGUUAAUGAGAAAAACGGCAAGCCGAUUAUUAUGGUCAAUGGUGUGAAUUCGGCGGCUGAGACUAGUCUUGAUGUCAUUUCUGCUGGUCAGACAGAGGGUACUAUCUAUCUUACGCUAAAGCCUAGCCCUAUGUCUCUCCCAAGCCAAAGUGAUGAUGCUCGUAAAGAAUUCGAGGAUUUCCAGAAAGAAUUCACAUUUGCUAAAGAAGAUAUCAAAUACUUUAAUGGCACCUCGAAAGCACUUACUGAGACUCCUGUGGGUACCGUGCUUUUAAAUGGUAUUAAGUUUUCGGUUGAAAGUGGAUUGUUAGGGUUGCAGGGUCUAAAUCAUUAUCCAACAUUGGUGCUUGGUUUAGAUGUGAUCGGAGGAACGCGUGAUAACAUCAAUAUAAAAGUCAACACUUCCAUCUUUAAUCCAUCCAAUGUAAAUCUUGAUGUUGGUACAACUACCUUGCUGAUGAUCAAGGAGAUCGUGGUAGGAUCUGUCACAUUACCUGACCUGAAGCUGGCUAUCGGCAACAAUACACUGGAGAUUGAUGCCAAGUUCAAUCCAAACGCCGGUCCCCAAGGACUGGAGAUGCUUAACCGAUUUAUAUCUGGUAUUAACACUAAAUUUAACAUUAGUGGCUAUGAAGAUUCGACUUCAAUCGCUUCAUUAAAGCCGGCAUUCUCCGCGGUUCGAAUAAAUUCAACGUUACCAGGUCUGCAGCAAAAGCUGGUUCAAUCUACGAAGUUGAAGGUAUUAGACUCGACGGGGAACAAGGAUGAUGUGGCUCAAGCAGUCGUAUCAUUGAGUAAUCCAUUCACUUCCUCUCUUUCAAUUACUCACAUUAUUUCAAAUGUUACAUCGCACGGACUUUUCAUUGCAUCAUUGGAUACGGAUACUCAAUUUAACGCUGGUGGAAAGAAAGUGUCGCAAUCUCCUUUGCUAGAUCUUCACUUAAACUUGUAUCCACCAGAUAUUUUUGCGUUGGUACGUGACUAUGCUCUGGAUGCUGGUUUGGAUGUGAUGCAGCUUGAUGCUAUUGUAAAAAUUGGUGGUUAUACCUAUUCAGAUACAACAAAUGCGAACAGCCUUAAAAAGCAUAAAAAUGGGAAACGGCACGUUCUCGAUGGUGGCACAUUAAGAAGUGAAGACUCUGGUAACUCGUUCCGUGCUGGGCAUGAGCUUGAGAAGCGUAAAACGAAUAUGUUCACAAACUUCAAUAUAGUUGAUUUCACUGACAAGGCGUUUUCAAAGGCUCAAGUAAACCUCAAUAUUUUGUCUACGUGCAACAUUGGUGACUAUCAGACAGAGCUUCAGUUUGUUCAGUCGAAUGUUCCUCUCCAGACUGAUGAUACACUGCACAAAUUGCUUCCCGUUUUAGCCAAGCCGAUUGUGCAGAAAAUUAUUGAUGGUGCAAUUUUGACCAUUGAAAGUGUAACUAUUCUGGAUCCUAAGCCCAAAUCUUUUGUCACGUCAUUGAAGGGCUCAAUUACCCAUUCUGGUCCAUUUGAUGCAUCUAUUUCAUUUCCCGAUGGUCUUCAGGUGUCAUGGAAUGGUAAAGUUCUUGGUCAACUAAAGAUGCCUGAUAUUAAAUUAGCUGCAGAUGAAGGCGCUCAGCUUGAUCUAAAUGCGGAAUUUGCCGUUGCAGACGUGGAUGGAUUGACCGAGUUCACAAAAUUCCUGUUGACGAAACCAAGCUUUAUUUGGAACAUUCAAGGAAAGAACUUGCGAGUUUCAGCUCUGGGUAUCGAGGUCGGCGGUCUUGACAUUUCCAAGACAAUCAUCUUGACAGGCUUUAAUGGCUUGAAAAAUAAGGUUCGAAUUACUGACUAUGAUCUCCCGUCAAAUGACCCCGCUGGAGGUAUCCACCUCACCGCUGAGUCUGACAUCACGAGUCCAUCGCAAGUUGGUGUUCGGUUGUCCCGAUUUGGUGUCAGUGUCUGGAGCAAUGGGACAAAUCUUGGCCCAACGGCCGCAGAAUCUGAAUUUACUUUAAAUCCGCUUUCAAGUACAAAUCUGCCUCUAGCUGGCCGCCUGAAGCAUCAAUCAGAUGACGGGGACUUGGAGGUUCUAUCCAACAUCUUCACCAACGUGGUCCAUGGUGAAACCAUUCCCCUUACUAUUCAAGGUGAAUACGCUGGUCCAUCUGAAGUAACCUGGCUUAAUGAAGGUAUCAAGUCGCUUAAAGUGAACACUAUUCUUCCUGCGAAACACUUUAGCGUUAUCAAGGCCAUUGACAUAAAUCAAUUGACGUUGAUGUUUUCGAAAAAGGCACCAUGGGAGCCCAAAGCAAGUUCUAAUAAUACCCAAGCACCGUUCUACUUGCCUUUCGGAUUUCCGAUCAACAUCAAGCAGACAGGUGGUGGCUUUAUUGAAAACUACAAGAGCACUGAUAUCGCAGUUCUUAACAUUCCCUAUUCACCUGCACAAACGCAGGUCAGGGCGCGCAUUCUAACGCUUGAGUUUAAAAACUCUCCCAUGUCUGCGUACUCAAGCAAACACGCCCAAUUUUCUCAAUUUAUUGCUGAUACGACAAAGCAGGACUGUGUCAAGUUCCAGCUUCAUGGCAAAGCCAAUGCUAAAGCGGAUACUGCGGCUGGUUAUGUAACGGUGUCGGAUAUUUCUUUCUCGGUUGAAACAUCCCUUUUAGGUAUUCAAAAUUUAAACGCACGGCCUGUUUUCGUGGCAAACCUUGAUGUGAAGCAUGGUUUCAAGGACUACUUGUUGAUUACUGUGAAUUCAUUCAUGUACAAUCCAUCUCAUAUCUCCGUCGGAACCGGAGAUGUAUCAUUCAACCUCGAGUUUCAGAAUCACAUGAUUGGCACUGUGGAUAUUCAUGAUCUUGUGCUUGAGCCAGGUCUGAACAAAAAGUUCACGAAUGUGAAGUAUCAUCCCCAUGGUGCUGCAAAUAUUGCCGCGGGUCAAACGAUGCUGGAAAAUUAUGUUCAGGGCAUCGAAUCUACUACCAAAAUUCAUGGCACAAAGGAUACCACUGAUAUUGCUUCUUUGAAGCAAGCCAUGUCUGGUAUUGACCUUAUGGUAAAGAUUCCGCCUCUUCAUAAGCUUAUUAUUCUCGAAGAUCGCCUUGUGAUUCCCAAGAACAUUGAUAAAACGCAUAUUGCACAAGCCAGCUUCCAGCUGGCUAAUCCUUUUACGGCGUCCAUCAAUCUGAUCAAAGUUGAUGCAAAAGCGUCCUACAAAGGCAUCUUUCUUGGUCAAAUCAACGAUGACCUGUCUAAGAACCCUAUUCGGGCUAAUGGCCACCAGACCAUCACUUCUCGUACCCUGCCGAUCAAAAUGGAUCUGAAUCCGAAGAAUCUUAUUCGAUUUAUAAAGCAAGCAGCAGCUGAUACUGGGACAGAUUUGGGACCCUUGGAGCAUGAAUUUGACCUGGUCAUGGCAAUGAAGAACACCGAGACCAGUAUCAAGGCAAUGCCAGAUUCAAGUCCUCCUAAUUGCCACUCGGGACAUCAAUUUGACGUUUUUGGUGCUGUAUUUAGUCUCCUCAAAGGUCUCAAGGUCACUCUUGAUAUAAAGUCAACAGUCAAGAUUGAUGACUACAAAACAGAUUUGAACUUCAAGCAGGAGCCUGUGCCUACAGACACAGAUGAUACUGCUUUGUAUCUCAUUGGUCCAGUGGGCAAACCUAUCGUGCAACGUAUUGUGAAUGAAGCGGUGCUGGCAUUUUCAGUCGCCAAUGCCACAAAUCUUAGGAAUGAUGGCUUUGAUGUAUCACUUCGUGGUAAAUUGGUCAACACUGGUCCCUUCGACGCUCAAAUUGAGUUUCCUGAAGGCGUCUCUGUGACUUGGAGCGGCAAAGAUAUCGCAAAAGUAUAUCUGCCACCAGUCUGCGCCAAGGCGGACGAAGGCGUUCCCAACUAUAAUACCAAGGGCCAGCUUAAAAUCAUUGAUCACAAAGCCUUCACUGAGUUUUCAACUCAUAUUCUUCACAACAGACAAUUUAAAUGGACCAUUCACUCCAAUAAACUUCGUGUUCGUGCUUUGAACAUCAUUUUCAGCGACGUUCACAUUUCCAAAGAUCUAACAUUUGACGCAUUCAAUGGUCUUCCGGGCGUGAAAAUCACCAACUUUGACAUUCCUGGUGAGACAAAAGACUCGCUGAAAAUUACAUCAGGUACCAUGAUUCCCUCGCCUGCGAGUCUUGGGAUUCAGCUUGAUACUGCUAACUUUUUGAUCUUUUACAAGAACCGCCUUCAAGGUCCGAUUCAUUCGAAUAAUUUGUUUAUUGGAGCUCAUACAACGACAAGCGCAACGUUACACGGCUUUAUUACUCGCAAAGACAGUGAUGCAGACAGAGACAUAACAGGGGAUUUGUUCUCCAAUUAUCUUCAAGGUAAGAACAAGACCCUUUCCAUCAAAGGCGAUUCCGUCGUUACCAGAGCAAACGGUAACAAGCCUGUGAAAUGGCUGACUGCGGCAUUCAAAUCGUUGACGCUUAAAGUGGUUUUACCUGGAAAGAUCUACGACAUUGUUAAGUCAGCCCAGAUUAUCGACAUUUUUGUCACGAUGAUGGAACAGCGAGACACUUGGUCCCCGCGUAUUGCCUCUAACAUGACUUUAGCCCAGUAUGCGAAUCCAUUGCAUUUCUCUCUGAAACCAAUGAAGAUAUCACUGAGUGGCAUUUUGUCUUUCGAAGGCGCGGAUGCUGCGCGCCUGGAGCUCCCAUUAUUGAGAGCGAGUGCUGGCAUCUCACAUGGUCCAGAAGACCAACAGCCCCUCGCUCUAUCUUUCAAAAACCAACGAUUGCAAGCGAUGGAUCACGGUGCAUUUGCAAAUUUUCUGGGCAAAAUUGCAUACACGUCUCGUGUGUCGUUCCAGGUAAGAGGAUCCGUGGGAAUCAUUGGUCAUAUGGUAAUUGGUGAUAUUCCGGUCAAGGGCAUUCCAUUCUCAGGCAUCACCUCGAGCUUAGCGGGCUUUAAUAGCUUCACUGGUGAGGCAGAUACCUACAAGGCCGACGUCAAAGGUGCAACUCCUCAAUAUCUUGAUAUGAGUGUUCGAAUGCGAAUGAAGAACCCAAGUAACAUUACACUCAAGACAACUGGCAUGAAGCUCCCUUCUUUCCAUGAAGGUACAUACUUUGGGCGAGCAUUGCUGGAUGACAAAACCAUUGUACCUGGUAUCAAUGAUAUUGAUGCCAUUGCUAGAUACCAGCCGAAUGAUCCCAACAACACAGUUGCGCAGUCUGUUGUCCAGAAGUUUCUUCAGCCGAAAGAACAUCAACCAAAGGAAAUUAGGUAUAUUGUCCCAAUUGAGAUCCAGGGUAAAGGGUUCGAGAAUGCGAAUCCGCCUUUAUCUCCAUUUGCAUCAUUGGUUCCAGGUCUCGCACAAGUACAUGCCAAGUCUUCUUUCCCCGGCAUGGGUUCAAGAUCAUUGGAGUAUGUUGAUAACUAUAUCGACCUUUUGGGUCUAUUUGCGGGUCCGGAUUUGCGACCUUUUGCAAGAGUACGACUUCAUUUCAAAAAUGAUGCGCCGUCUCCUCUCGAAAUUAUUACGAUUCAAAGUGAUGCGAGGGUGGCAGGAGAGAGUGAAUCGGUGGAGAAGAUCGCGACCUUCUUUGUUGAUUUCCAUUACCUUUUAAGAACUGAUCCAAGGUGCAAGAGUCCCUGUUACAUGAGAGCAGCCAAAGCCACUAAGGUGGACCCUGGCCGUCACACGUGCUGCAUGGUUCCUAACGUAUUGCUUUACCAAGGUUUGCUUCCAACUUACAAGCUGCUGGGCAACAAGGUUGAUGUAUAUAACCAAUUGCGAGUCCAAGUUGGUGGUAAAAACGGCAUUAUUCUUCCGUCCAUCCAUUUCAACGAAUUUUAUGUCCCCACGACAUACCAAAUUUCCAUUGGUGAAACCCCUGUGCUUAAUAUUACGAAUGCUGCUCAAUUUAUCGGCGGUUUGACCAAGGCACUGUCCAUGAUGAACAGACAAGAAAAGCUACGAUUAGCACAAGGAAUAAAGAAAGCAGGACGAAAUCACAUUGCCACCUUGGUUGACAAUGGCAUGAAAGAUCUUAUUUGUGGUGUUGAAGAUCUGAUUCCACUUGAUUUCCUUGACCUUGCUGGAUGUAAGAAGAAAGGAAAAAUGACAUCGAACGCGUCUCAAAAAUCAACCAGUGGUGGUUUGAAGGUUUCUGAUGCAUCGUCGCGUUCAUCUAAGGCGCAAUCGUCUCCCACUCCUAAAGGUGGUAAAACAUCAGAUACUCACCAGUCCAUGAAUUCUCAAAAUCAAAAAACCACGAGCACAGCUGGUAACAAAUCUAGCGAUGAUGACGAUCACAACGGUAAAAAUUCGAACAGCGGAAAUCAAGAUGGCGGGGACAAGCAUACUUCCUCUGGGCAGAUACUCGACUCAGGCCAAAGCUCUAAAGGCAACAACAAAGGUGAAGGCUUAGGCAAUCUUUUUGGCUGA